CUCAGUGUCUAGAAGGCUGAGCUCAAUCAAGGGUUCAAUGUUCCUGCCGCGGCCAGCACACCAAAGGCAGGGGUGACGUAGAGUCAACACCACCGCUCUUUCUCCAAUGCACGCGGCAAUAGACGGCCCGUCCAACCAACACACGUCAAGUCUCAGAUGCACUCUUGACGUGUCUGACGGCAGUUGAUCAAUACACUGCGGGGAACUGCAAGCCUCAUGACUAUAGACAGCCAUGAAACCCGAGGACUAUAAAGCGUCGCUGCUGCUAGCCGAAGCCGCAGCCUCGUCGCCAUCUUCAACACCACAUCAACAGAUCUGGAGGAGUUCAACACUCUUUCAUCGCAUUCUCAUUGCAUCGUGUAUCGUUGCAACCUACAUGGUCUUCUCAACAUCAGGUAGCAUGACCUCUGCGGACACCGAUCUAUCACAAUACACCGAAUCCAUCUUCCUGCCAUAUAUCUACAAGUUCAGCCCAAAACAUGUACCGCAAAUCCAAACGACCAUCGAAGAUGUGGAGAUCGAGAUGCCAAUUGAUACCGGAAGCACAAUGACCCUAGUUGGUGCGUCCAUUCUACCCAACAUCGACAAGACCAUAGGAACGCCCGCACACCAUUUCUUCACUAGCAGUAAGAUUUUGUACGAGGGACGUCUUGUGGAGCUACCGAUCAAGUUCCAUGGAGAAGGUGGUUCGAAUGCUAUUGCAAAGAUACCGGUCCUUCUGGUCGACAAGAGCUGGACGUGUCCGUGGUAUGAUCCAAGCACGCCGGCAGGUCGAUUUGAAUGCCCUCGAGGUCCGAAUGGUGAAGAGGCCGUUGUGCGAGACACGUCGAAGAUAACGUAUAUGGGCGUCGGCUUUGGUAGAAAUGGGCCAAAGGACGGGAUGCCGUAUGCUUCGCCCAAGGUGAACGCAUUCUUGAAUGUGGAGUCGAUCAAUGGGCGAGUAGUAUCGCCCAAGUCUAUGCGACUCGGAUACGAGAUCUCUGCGCAGGGUGUGCAUCUCGGCUUGACGCAAGCAGUCGUCCAAGGCUUCGCAUUUACGAGUCUUGAGCCAGGCUUGACGCACGAUGAAGAUCCAAGAGAUUGGGCCAUGGUAAAGAUGUGCUUCAGUAUUGACGGCAACGGGAGACACUGUGGGCCUGGGCUUGUCGAUACCGGCAUCGUGCAGAUGUAUAUUCGAGCUGAGGAAGGCUUUACGAUACCGCAGAUCGUCAUUCGCAAUCCGAAUCCGAACGGCACAGCGAAGAUGGUGAAACGGGUCAAGCCUGGCACAAAAGUCGAUGUGGGUUUCCCGUCGUUAGAGAAGCCUGCCAUGUCGUUCGCCUUCAUAGUUGGUGCAGGGUCAUCAAUCGAGCCAAGCUACGUCUUUCCAGAAGCGUCGCUGCGGCCACCAUUCGUCAACACAGGACGUAACCUCCUCUGGGGCUAUUCAAUAGCCUUCGACGCAAUUGAUGGGCGAUUCGGCUUCCGGCCCGUAGAUAGCAGCUCAAAUCCUCCACCAUCUGUGCUGUAGAACUCAGGUCCAGCCUGUAGUUAGCAAUUUCAACUCUUUGCCCUUUUGUGCAUUGGACCC